AUGGGAUACGUGCCUCAAGAUCUGCGCCUUCCCCUACGUGUCAGAUUUCCCGUGAAGGCGCGCUUUGUGAGUUAUGCCUUUCCACCGUGGUACCAGUUCGGACAUAACCCUAGGAAAGCACACUUCCCAAUCCGCGCUUUUCGUCCAACUGUAAGAAAUGGUGGCAGAUCGUUUUUUUCUAACAAAAACGAAAAAUCAAUCAUUCUGCAUGCAACAUUCUACCGGAUUUUCAAGAAGAAAUCAACGGAAAGUUUCCAGUCGCUGCCGUACCAGGUGGCAUUGUUCAGUUGCAUGCUGUGGCUGUACUACGCGUUGGUUAAAAAGGGUGCUUUCCUCCUCAUCACCAUCAACUCAUUCGGAUGCGUUGUCGAGACUGUUUACAUAUCUAUGUACUUGGCUUAUGCUUCGAAGGAUAGCAGGAAGUCUGCCAUGAAACUUUUUGUGGCAAUGAACGUGGUGAUCUUCUCUUUCAUUCUCAUCCUCACACACUUUAUGCUCAAGAGUUCGAUUCGUGUCCCGGUUAUUGGCUGGAUUUGUGUUUCCAUCUCUGUGUCAGUCUUCGCAGCACCCUUGAAUAUCAUGGCAAGAGUUGUUCGAACAAAGAGUGUUGAGUUCAUGCCUUUCAACUUAUCAUUCUUCCUCACACUGAGUGCAGUCAUGUGGUUCUCCUGCGGGCUCUUCAUUAAGGACCUCUGCGUAGCUCUCCCUAACGUACUAGGCUUCAUACUGGGAAUGCUCCAGAUGAUCCUAUACGCAGUCUACAGACACAGCGAAAGGGCAACUGCCAUGGACGAGAAGAAGCUUCCAGAACAAACGAAAAACAUCGUCGUACUCGGCACAUUAAGCGCCUCCGAAGUUCAUCCCGUAGCUUUAGACAUUCAACAUGCUGAUAAGCAACCACCACCACCGAGGCUCUCGUUGGACCGGUCCCAGAGAUGA